AUGGAGGAAUCAAACGUUCAACCAGUUAGAUGUCCAGUAACGGUUUGUGGUGAUAUCCAUGGGCAAUUUCAUGAUCUAAUGGAACUAUUCCGUAUUGGUGGAAAUUCACCGGAUACCAAUUACCUUUUUAUGGGUGAUUAUGUAGACCGUGGUUAUUAUUCUGUUGAGACUGUUACCCUACUUGUUGCUCUAAAAGUUAGAUAUAGGGAUCGUGUUACUAUUUUACGAGGAAAUCAUGAAUCAAGGCAAAUUACCCAAGUAUAUGGUUUCUAUGAUGAGUGUUUAAGAAAAUACGGUAAUGCCAAUGUCUGGAAAUUCUUUACAGAUCUAUUUGAUUAUUUACCUUUGACUGCGCUAAUUGAUGAACAGAUCUUUUGUCUUCAUGGUGGUCUAUCUCCGUCUAUUGAUACCUUGGACCACAUCAGGUCUUUGGAUAGGAUCCAAGAAGUUCCUCAUGAAGGCCCAAUGUGUGAUUUACUAUGGUCUGAUCCAGAUGAUCGUUGUGGUUGGGGAAUUUCUCCCAGAGGUGCUGGCUAUACCUUUGGACAAGAUAUAUCAGAGGCAUUUAAUCAUAAUAAUGGCUUAACAUUAAUUGCUAGAGCUCAUCAAUUGGUCAUGGAGGGAUAUAAUUGGUCGCAAGAUAAAAAUGUAGUCACAAUUUUUAGUGCUCCUAAUUAUUGUUAUCGUUGUGGCAAUCAAGCUGCAAUCAUGGAAAUAGAUGAACAUUUGAAAUAUACGUUUUUGCAAUUUGAUCCUGCACCAAGAAAAGGCGAACCACACGUAACUCGUAGAACACCAGAUUAUUUCUUGUAA